UCCCAUAUGUCUCACUGCGCUUUUAAGUGCGCGUGUGUGUGUGCGCGUGAGAGAGAAAGAGACUGCAGCAGCACUUCCGCUCUGGGAGACACGCGCGUCCACGGACACAAACCGACACAAAGAGAGAUCGGGAGCAUGUCGGAUGAGGACUCGCGCGCCAGCUCUAGUUCAUCCUCCUCAUCCUCCUCCACCCAUCAGCAGCAAGAUAAAGACACGCCUGGGAAAAAGAGAGACAAUAAAGUCAACAUGAGCAAGACCUCAAAGCUUCUGUCCACCAGCGCGAAGAGGAUUCAAAAAGAGUUGGCUGACAUCAUGUUGGACCCUCCUCCAAACUGCAGUGCCGGUCCAAAAGGAGACAACAUCUACGAAUGGAGGUCCACUAUUCUGGGUCCUCCAGGUUCAGUGUAUGAAGGAGGAGUGUUCUUCUUGGACAUCGCUUUCACACCAGACUACCCCUUUAAACCACCCAAGGUGACAUUUCGCACCAGAAUCUAUCACUGUAACAUCAACAGUCAGGGUGUGAUCUGUCUAGACAUCCUGAAGGACAACUGGAGUCCAGCGCUCACCAUCUCCAAAGUGCUCCUGUCUAUCUGCUCGCUGCUCACAGACUGUAACCCCGCUGAUCCUCUGGUAGGAAGCAUCGCCACGCAAUACACAACCAACAGACCAGAACACGACAGAAUAGCCAAACAGUGGACCAAACGUUACGCCACAUAAUUCACUCCAGCCGCGUGGCCUCCUGGUGGAUGUCUGGGGGAUGAGGGAGGGAGGGAGGGGGGU